AGCUGCGGCACCGAGCGUCACCCUGGCAGAGGAACCUGGGCUACCCCCUGGCCAUGCUGGGCCUCCUGGCACUGACAGGCAUCUCCGUGCUCAUCGUCUGCUUCCACGUCCUGGAGCUGCUGCUGGAUGACGCAGCGAUGCCACGGGGCAUCCAGGAUGCAUCCCUGGGCCAGGUCUCCUUCUCCAUCUUCGGAUCCUUCGGAGCUGCCCUGCAGGUCGUCCUCAUCUUCUACCUGAUGGUCUCCUCCGUCGUGGGCUUCUACAGCUCCCCCCUCUUCACCCGGCUGCUCCCCGAGCGCCAGGACACCCCCCUCACCAAGAUCAUCGGGAAUUGCGUCUCCUUGCUGGUGCUCAGCUCGGCCCUGCCCGUCUUCUCCAGGACGCUGGGAAUCACCCGUUUCGAUCUCCUGGGGGAUUUUGGUCGCUUCAACUGGCUGGGGAACUUCUACAUCGUCUUCCUCUACAACAUGGGCUUC